AGGUUUUUUUAUUUAGUUACUGUUUCAUCGUUGUCAUGGAAAAGGGUUAUCUUAGUUUUCAUCAACAAAAAAUACCACUGCCGCAUUCUUGACCAAGCGGUUACUGAUAAUAGAUGAAUGAGUGCAUGGAUGGACGGUAUAAUACAUACAUAAUUAUGUUGACUAAAACAUUAAAAAAACAAAACAGAAAAAAAACUAAGUUAAAAAAAAAAACAGUGACCUCAAUAAUCAACUGGUAGACUGUUGAACAGCCAAUCAGAACCUUCUUUACUUUACUUUUUACAUGUAAGCAUUAGAUCAGUGCCAAAAGAAUGUUAUGGUAUUUCUGCCAUCUAGAGACCAUAUAGUAUGUUCCUGGGGUCUGGUUCAUUCACAGCACAGGCCAGAGAUCUGUACACGACACUGGAAAAAACAACAACAACAACAAAAAAACAGGCUUUGGAUUCUUGUUCCGAACGUUGCCCAUGUUCUCUUAAAACAUCCAGUCAUCCACUCAUCUCUUAUGUAAUAAGCACAACAACAGCUGAGGCCUUUAAUUUAGGCUGGGUUAUACUUUUCCUGGUUAUGGAAUGCUACCAGCAGACAGGGGUUGGUCUUUUUAUCUUCUAAAGAUCAGGUGUUGCAAUGCAGGCAAUAUUUGUAUGGCACCAUAGUGGUUUAGCCAUAUCCAGCUGUUGCUACUUUUCGCACGUUUGUUACUUAUCUAUCUAAUAGCCUCUUUUUGAUGGAUGUAAGAUUGUCUUCAAAACAGGAAUAUGAGAAUGGGCAAGUAUCAGACCCCUAUAACACACACACACACACACUCUUUUCCCCUGACAUCCAUGUGUUAAGACUCCAGACAGUGCCUCUUUCCUACCAGCAUCCAGCUCUUCUCGCUUUCCCUCUCUCUUUUCCUCUCUGUGUAUGAGGAAUGACACCAGAUAUCCUGUGCAGCAUCAGGCUACCCUGAGCCCACUGCCUACAGGCGGAUGUCAGUAGAAAGGCAGUGAGAUAAGAGGCAGGAAUGAUGCCUGUGUGUUUCCUCGUCUUGCCAGAUUGCCAGUAGAGAUAUCAAGAGGCACUACCUUCUGAACCCACCGCUCAGUGUAUCCAGCGCACACACAGGUGGCAUUAGUCCACUGUAAAGUGUCACAUUUGUGUCUGCUCAGCAUUCACACCCAUAUGAGAUGUCAAAAUGCGUGGUUUUACCUGGGGUUUUAAAUGACAGGCUUUUGUUAUUAUUGAAAUUAUAUAUGAUUAUUCUGGAGGUAAGGAGCAGAUUCCACUGAUGGCAUAGGGGCAACGCUUGGAGCUUGUCAGGACAUGCAGCAGAACAGAAAUACUGCCCUUAGAUUCAUAGGGCAGAGGAGAUACAGCACAACUACAUGUGCUUCUUACAGGUUUCCCACCGCAUCUUUCUUACUGUGAGUUUUAAAACCUUUUGUUUUAAUCAUUAUCAUGAUUUAUUAUUAUUUUUUUUAUAUAUUGGUGUCACCUAUCUGCAUCCUAGCAUGUGGGACUGGCUUGCUUUAGCAGGUCUUAGUGGUGAGAAGAUGUUAUUGUUUCUUACACACUCCUUACCCACCCUUUUUUUCCCCGGAGGUUAACCCCAUGGGGCUGGCUCAGGCCUAACAGACACCCUCUGACUCUUGACUCUCUGAGGCCCGUUUGACCCUCUGAGUGAGAGUGGGCGUGAGCAAGAGACUAAAACAUUUAUUAUUUCCUGUGUGUGUCCUUCUGUGGCUGAUGGUGUUGUCUGUGUGUGGACUUGUCUGAAGUGUAUAUUUAGACUUCACUGUAGUUGUUUGACUUCCUCAGAGUUCACUAGAAUGUUUAUUGUUCUUUUUUUCACGUUGAGUUUAGAAGUAGACCCGACCUCUUGUGGGUGGUUUUUUUUUUUUUGUUUUGUUUUUUUGGUUGUUGUUAAACCGUGUAAUUGUGGCAGUAAUUUUUCAGAGUACACAGAGGAACAGUGCUUAGAUGUUUUGCUGUUAUUGGAACAUGUCUGUGUUGUGUGCGUGCGCUUCUGUGUGUCUGUGUAUUAGAUGUAUGCAAGUUGGCAUGUGUGCAUAUCCAUCUCCUUCUAUACUUAUUCAGCUCUGAUGAUUCCACCUGUAGUCCCUUCCGAAAGUAUUGGAACGGCAAGGCUAAUUCUAUUGGUUUUGCUAUACACUGAACACAUUAGGGUUUGAUAUCAAAAGUUGUAUAUGAGAAGAUAGAUCAAAAUUUCAGCUUCCAUUUCCCAAUAUUUACAUCUAGAUCAUCUGAGAUUAUGGCACCUUUGGUGGAGGACCAUCCAAUACAUUUGCUUACCUAAAAAUUGGGUUGCAUGUCCCUUGCUUGCAAUAACUGCAUCAAACCGGCAGACCACUGACAUCACCAAACUGUUGCAUUCUUCUUCUGUGAUGCUUUUCCAGGCUUGUACCGCAGCUUCUUUCAGUUGUUUGUUUGGGGGUUUCCCCCUACAGUCUCCUCUUCAGGAGGUUAAAUGCAUGCUGAACUGGUUUAAGUUCUGGUGAUUGACUUGGCCAGUCUAAAACUUUCCACUUUUUCACUCUGAUGAAGUCCUUUGUUGUGCUGGCAGUGUGUUUUGAGUGAUUGUCUUACUGCAUGAUGAAGUUUCUCCCAAUUAGAUUGGAUGCAUUUCUCUGUCUUGGCAGACAGAAUGUUUCUGUAGACAUCUGAACUCAUUCUGCUACCAUCAUGAGUUACAUCAUCUGUAAAGAUUAGUGAGCCUGUUCCAGAAGCCCAAGUCAUGCAGGCCCAAGCCAUGACACUACUUCUACCUUGCUUGACUGAUGAGCUUAUAUGUUUUGGAUCAGGAACAGAUCCUUUCUUUUUCCACACUUUGGCCUUUCCAUCACUUUGAUAGAGGGUAAUCUUGGUUCCAGAACUUUUGCGCCUCAUCUCUGUAUUUCUUUGCGAAUUCCAGUCUUCUGGAGUCUUCUAUUCUUACUGCUGACGAGUGGUUUUCAUCUUGUGGUAUGGCCUCUAUAUUUCUGCUUUCGAAGGCUUCUUCAAACAGUGGAUUGUGAUACCUUCACCCCUGCCCUGUGAAGGUUGUUGGUGAUGUUACUGGCUUGUUUUUGGGGUUUUCUUCAUAGUUCUCACAACAUUUUUCAUCAAAUGCUGCUGUUUUUCUUUUUCCGACCUGUUUGAUGUUUGGUUGUUAGUACACCAGUGGUUUCUUUUUUUUUUUUCAGGACAUUCCAAAUUGUUGUAUUGGCUAUACCCAUGUUUGUGCAAUGGCUUUGAUUGAUUUUCUCUCUUUUCUCAGCUUCAAAAUGGCUUGCUUUUCUCCCAUAGACAGCUCUCUGGUCUUCAUGUUGGUUUAUCCUUUUUUAAUAACAAAUGCAGUCUUCACAGGUGAAACCCAGGGCUCAAACCAAGAGAAGACAUUCAGAGCUAUUAAUUGUUUAAACAGUCAAUCUAACAGGGCACACCUGGGCAUCAAGAAACACCUGUCAGUCACAUAUUCCAAUAUUUUUGGUCACUUGAAGAAAUGGGUGGGUUCAAAAAAAAAGGUGCCAUGUUCUAAGUUGUUUAACACAUCUAGAUGUAAAUAUCGGAAAAUGGAAGCUUAUCAUAUUCAUCAUUUGAUCUUAAACACAAAUGUCUUAGUGUAUAGCAAAAACAGUGGAAUUGGCUUUGCCUUUGCAGUACUUUUGGAGGGAACUAUAUGUGUCACCUCUUCAAUUUGUCCGAGCUGAGCAACCUGCGCUGUGUAUCAAGCUCCAUGGCAUCCACAUUGUGAAUGUCUCAGCUGGAAGGCUAUUGUCCUCUGCCCCCUAGCCAAACCACGCUUACAAACCAGGAGAGGGUGAUCAAAGAGCCGUCAGAUUAGCUUGGGCCUGACACAGAAGGUGGAGCCCGGAAUGGGGGUGGGGUGGUUGCUGGUUCAAAAGGAAAGAGGAAUGCCUCUCAUUACGUUCCUUCCACUUCUUUUCUUGUCUGUCUGUUUGGGUUCUCUCCAUCAGUGUGUUAAUGCGUGUCUGUGUGAGUGUGUGAGCAUGAGCCAGCACCCCAUGUCUGCUCUUCAGGCUACAGUGAACCUGUAAGGAAGCAACACACUGUGUGCAUGUGGAGGGUGUGUGCGUGCGAGACCCCGGUUAGCGUCCUGAGGUGAAGCAGCGUCAUGGAAGACAGGGGCCUAAGAGGCCUGAAGGUUCUGUCCAUCGUGCUGUGCAUUUUCCAAACUCUUCUCCUCAACUGCCCUUUUGCAUUAUCUCUCUUAUUCCACACACAACCUGCCUCUGUGGUUCAGAAGCAAGGCAGCGCUGUUCAUCUGCACUGUUUGGUGCAUCCUGCCUCAGCCACAGUCACCUGGCUGUUCCAGGGUCGUGCCCUGGAGCCGGAGUCGCUACCCGGGGUGGAGGUCCACCCUGACAGAAUCUCCCUGCCCUCUCUCCAGCCCCAAAACACUGGCAUUUACCAGUGUGUGGCACACUCAGACGCAGGUUCCAUCACCAGCCAAUGGGCAAGGGUAACCAUCGCAGAAAUUACGGAGUUUGGACAGACCCAUCGGCGGUCUUUAGUAGAAAAAGAAGGGAACACUGCUGUCAUUGAGUGCCAGCUACCUCGGAGUAAUCCCCCAGCUUUGCCACGUUACAGAAUACGGGGAAAAUGGCUAGAGGAGUCUACAGAUGAAUAUUUAAUCCUUCCUUCUGGGAACCUUCACAUAGUCUCUGUUUCUCCAGAGCAUCAGGGCAUGUAUAAAUGUGGCGCUUAUAAUCCUGUUACCAGAGAGGUCAAGGUCGAGCCCUAUGGCACUAAGCUCUUAGUGAAAAAUUCAGAUGGUCCUUCCCCUGUGGGGAUAGUAUAUCCAGUCAACUCUGUCAACCUGACAGUGGAACAGUCCAUGUCCUUGGUUCUGGAAUGUGUAGUAUCAGGAAAUCCCUCUCCUGUUGUUAAAUGGUUGAAGGAUGGCCAAGAGCUGCCUCUUGCUCCCAGACUGAGACUUCUGCACAGUAAUCUGGUGCUGACUGAUGUUCAGAUAAGUGACGGAGGAAAUUACACUUGCUUUGUUCAAGUAGAGGAAGGUGCUGUGGCCAGUGCCAACUAUAUUGUGGAAGUGCUUGGGCCUCCUGUUAUAAUGAGAGGUCUGAGUGACCAGACUGUGAAAUCUGGCUCAUUUGUGCAAUUCACUUGUGCCACCUCGGGAAAUCCUGUUCCUAACAUCACCUGGCUCUUCAACUCUUCCCCAGUUUUAUCCUCACCACGCCUCCAGAUAUCGAACUCCACCCUGCGUAUUUUCUCACUCACUGCUCGGGACCAGGGCAUGUACCAGUGUGUGCUAGACAACAGGAUUGGCUCUGCACAGUCAGCUGCCAGACUUAGUAUUCAGCUGGAACCUCAGUCCAGUUCCACCACUGCUGCUACUACGGACACACAACCAAGUGUCCAUCCAGUUCAGAGUGAUGAAGGAGAGGGGCUGUUCCUGGCUUCAGAGGAUGGUCUUGGUGAUGCCAAAGGUUCAUUCACAGAGAGGAGCAGCGACAAGCCCACUCCAGAGGCUCCAAUCAUUAUCAGUCCGCCACAAACACACAGACCCACUGCAUAUGAUCUAGAGUGGCGACCAGGACGAGACUGGGGCAGACCAAUCAACGCCUACUUUGUUAAAUAUCGCAAGGUGGAUGAGAUGGGCAACGUGGUGGGCAGCUGGCACACAGUACGCGUUCCAGGUAGUGAAAGGAGCCUCCCCCUGUCGGACCUGGAGCCUUCCAGCCUGUAUGAGGUGCUGAUGGUAGCACGCAGCAGUGCUGGUGAAGGCCAACCCGCCAUGCUUACCUUUCGAACCGGAAAGGAGAAGAGCUCCUCCUCCAAUAAGAAUCCCUCCAAGGCCCCGUUUGUGUCUUUGCCUGAGAAAGCCCCCGAAGACAAAGUCAUCAAUACGCACUAUGGAGUGGUCAUCCAUGACAGAGUUCCUGAGGCCCCAGAUCGGCCAACCAUCUCCAUGGCAUCAGAGAAUUCGGUUUACGUCACAUGGAUCCCGCGGGCCAAUGGUGGAUCUCCAAUCACAGCUUUCCGCGUAGAGUACAGGAAGGGCCGUAAUGCGGAUUGGAUCAUAGCUGACGACAACAUCUCACCUCUCAAGCUGUCCGUGGAAGUGCGCAACUUGGAAGCAGGUUCCACGUACCGUUUCCGUGUCAUCGCCAUGAACAACUAUGGCGAGAGUCCCCACAGCGCCACCUCCAGGCCAUACCAGAUAGCGAUGACGAAUUCACCUGUGUCCAACCGACCCGUGGCUGGCCCUCACAUCUCUUCUACUGAUGCUGUCAGCGACACGCAGAUCAUGGUGCGAUGGACUUACACCACUUCCAGUAACAACAACACCCCCAUCCAAGGCUUCUACAUCUACUAUCGCCCUACAGACAGUGACAAUGACGGUGAUUAUAAGAGAGAUGUGAUAGAAGGUAUCAAGCGCUGGCACAUGAUUGGUCAGCUCCAACCCGAGACAUCCUAUGACAUCAAGAUGCAGUGCUACAAUGACGCUGGAGAAAGCGAUUACAGUAACGUGAUGAUAUGUGAAACUAAAGCGCGUCAGCCUCCUGGUGUUCCCAGUCAGCGGCCCAUCACUCCGCCAGCCGUGUACCCACCCAGUUCAAAUUCUUCAGCAGGUGGCGUCUUGUACCUGAUCGUGGGCUGCAUUCUGGGUGUCAUGGUGCUCAUCCUGCUCAUCUUCAUCAUCAUGUGCCUGUGGAGAAACCGCCAGCAGCACAGCAUGCACAAGUACAACCCUCCUGGUUACCUGUACCAGCCUGCUGAGAUGAACGGUCACAUUAUGGAGUACACAACACUACCUGGCUCCAGCCAGCUCAACGGCAACAUGCAUGGUAGCUACGGGAACAGUGGGUCCGUAAUGCCCCAGGGUUGCCAUCACCUCCACCAUAAACUCCCCAAUGGUCUGACACUACUAAAUGGCUCAGGCCCUCUCUACAGUCUGGGACAUUCCCACACCCAUGACACAUCUCUACCCCACAGCACCGUGGACUUUGAGCAUACACACCCUCGCCAUAUGCACAGUCGAGGAAGCAUGUACACAUCUGUACCCCAGACGGACUCUUCUGACUGCAUGAACUGCCAGAACUUCUGUAACAACAACAGGUGUUACACGAAAGCCAAUGGCAAUUUCUCAGGUGGCCUAAAGCACCACCUGGUACCUUGCCAGCUUGAUGGGCUCGAGAUGGUGCCUCUGAACCAUGGCUCGCUCCUGUGCCAUGGUAAUGACAGCCCGGCACCCCUGGGGAUUUGCGAGAGGGCGGAUAUGAUCAGAGAGCAGAUGCAGGUCAACUCAGACUCAACGUCAUCCCAGAAUUCUGAGUGUGGAACCGGACAAGAAGUUCCAGGCACCAACUAUAGCAGAGAUUCAGUACAGUGUGUGAACUCAGACGAGCCGCUGAUGUGUUUGGAGAGGCUGGACCUAUCUGAUUUGGACUGUAAAGAGAAAACCGCCUGGAUCUCCACUACAAGUCUAAAUGGAGACCUUAUCCACCCUACAGCACAGGAGAUAUGAACUCACAAACACACAGCAGCAAUCCACACACACACACACACACACACACACAAAACACACACACACAAAUAUGCAUUUUUCACAUAUAUACACAUCCCAAACAUGCAUACCUACGCAAGAACAGCAGACAAUGAAGAAACGUGAAAAUGUAUUCAGAGAAAAGGAAAGAGCCAGUGCUGAAAUGCUCGGACUUUACCUGAAGGACACUAUAUUGACCUACUGUGCUGGAUGUGAAUGAGGGAGGAAUGGGGGGGGAGUGUGUAGGCACAGAAGAAUGGAUUUUGGAAGUGCUAUUUCUCUUUUCCAUUUGUGCGAAGGACUCAAAAAAAAAAAAAAAGAAAAACUCUUUAGAUGGCUUAUUUAUUUUUUGUAUUAGUAAAAUAUUCUUUCAUAUGAAUGUAUCUGUUUUAAGAAAAAAAAAAAGUUAGUCUUUUAUAUUAUUUAUGCUUUUUUGGAUGAAAUACUUUCUAUUUUUUUGUCAUUUUUAGUUUUCCCCACAUUCCACACAGUGUGGAGUUCAGCCAUUGUAUGUGUAAAGUUGUGUAAUAAUAUAAAGAAGAUAUGGUAGA